UGUCAGCUGAUAGCCGGACAAACACAGCGACGGGCAGGUAAACAACCGAAAAAUCCAAAUACCCACCUCCCAACGAUCGGAGCAGAUAACGAUCGUUCCAAAUUCGUCAGCAUACAGUGAUUAGAGACCGACCAGAGCACCAACAAUCGAGACAACUGGAAGGAACGACAAUGAAGAGCCUCGCAGAACGUCCAACAGGAUCAUUUUAUUGGUGGCUGCUUGCUACGCUAUUUCUCCCGCUUGCGAUACCUGGCUUGGUGUUCAAGUAUCUGACGAGGAUGAAAGAGAAACGGAACGCGCGCAAUUUGAACGGGAAGGUCGUGCUCAUUACGGGGGCAAGCUCUGGAUUGGGGGAAGCGUUGGCACACAGUUUCUAUCUGGCCGGUUGUAAGGUGGUGCUUGCUGCACGCCGAAAGGAAGAGCUGGAACGGGUCCGGAAGGAUCUGCUGGAGCUUCAUGCGACGGUUCCAACGCAUCCACCCAUCAUUCUACCGUUAGAUCUUUCCGAUCUGAACAGUAUUACCGGCAAGGUGCAGAGCGUGCUGGAAAUUCACGGUGCGAUCGAUAUUCUGGUCAACAACGGUGGCAUCAGCGUGCGCGGCGAUGCCCUCUCGACGGCAAUCGACGUGGACAUACGGAUCAUGCUAGUCAAUUACUUCGGUACCGUUGCCAUGACGAAGGCCUGCCUGCCUUCGAUGAUUGCCCGAAAGGAAGGGCGGAUCGUUUGCGUUUCCAGCGUGCAAGGAAAGUUUGCCAUUCCGCACCGCUCGGCGUACAGUGCAUCGAAGCAUGCGUUGCAAGCUUUUUGCGACAGUUUGCGGGCAGAGGUGGCGAAGGAUAACGUGAGCGUGACGCUGAUUUCACCCGGAUACAUUAACACGGCAUUGUCGAUGAACGCGCUUACCGGGUCCGGUGCUACCUAUGGCAAAAUGGACACUGCUACGGCGGCCGGUGCAUCGGCAGAGGACACCGCAGCCAACAUCCUGAAAGCGAUCGUACGCGAUGAAAAGGAUAUCAUCAUGGCACCGAUUGCACCGCGGGCCGCCUACUGGUUGCGCCAUCGGCUUCCGUCCGUUUACUUCUGGAUAAUGAAAAAGCGAGCGGAAAAGCUAAGCUCCCAAUAACCAAAGCGACCAAAGUGUUUCUAGUUCCUGCUCUACUGAUUUUGACACGAGAGCAAUAGCAUACGGUAUUCAGGGCAUUCGUAGUUGUUUUGUUGUGCUACAAUUAUUUAUAAUAUUGGCAGCUAUAUUAUUACCGACCUUAUACACUCUCUUUUGCGUUACCUUUAGUAUACUGUACCGUGGGCAUUAAAUAACCGCUACCUAAUAGAAUCAACCAAACCAACCAAACGGAACCGUGAGGAAACAAUUAAAGAUAAGCCACAGCGAAGGUGAAGCGUAAACCAAACAUACUCUGCUUUGUGAUAAAGAAUCAA